GAGGCCUACCGGUGCGGUCAACGUGUCUUUGGCGAGAACUACGUACAGGAGCUGAGCGUCAAAAGUGUGGAUCCAUUAAUCGCGGAGAUGUGUCCGGACAUCGAGUGGCGACUUAUAGGACACAUUCAGACCAACAAAAUCAAUCAACUCUUGAGAGUCGAGCGCUUGACUGCCGUCGAGACCAUUGACUCUCAAAAAUUAGCUCAAAGUCUAGAGAAGGCGUUGUCUCAGAGGGGGAGGGCUUUGGAUGUGAUGGUGCAGAUCAACUCGGGUCAGGAGGACGUCAAGACUGGCUGCCAUUUCUCAGAGGCUGAGGCAUUGGUCCGACUAAUUCGCACCCAAUGUCCGCAUCUGAAACUCUUGGGACUCAUGACUGUUGGCCGGUUGGGUCACGACUGGACCGAUGGACCCAACCCUGACUUCUUGGCCCUUAUCGAGAGCCGCCGUAAUAUCUGUCUGAGUUUAGGCGUCGCCGAAGAGUCUCUGAAAUUAAGUUUCGGAAUGACCGCAGACUUUGAAGAGGCCAUUGGGUUGGGAAGCGAUGAGGUGAGGGUCGGCACAGCCGUCUUCGGUCAACGCAAAUACCCCAUUGGAGUCCUAACACAUGGCAAGUGGGAUAUGAGUCGCUAUACUGAUCCUCAAUACUUACAACUCAUACGCGAUAAUGGUUUGCAAACAUUGAAAUAA